AUGUCCCACAUCUUCUGCUACUUGGCACUUCUGUGUUUUGCAUCGUGUGUUGCUGAAAACACAGAGACUGAGCAGGCAUUUAAAGACCUGCAACUUCAGCAAGACUCCAUGUCAUGGCUCAAGAGAUUACAAGACAAACGGGAGUCAACAAAGACAUGGAAGAUUGUCGAACUACUCAGUGAUAUUUUUAAAUCUGAAAAUGGAAUAAUCCUCCAUGAGUCCAAAGACACAGAGAAGCAGGAGAAGAAUCGACGUGAGCUGAGUGGCAGACUGACAACCCGCAAAGCCGGAUGUCGAGUCUUCUUCUGGAAAUCCUGGACCUCCUGCUAACUUUGUUUCCACUCAAGUGCGAGAUUGGCGAGUCGUAUCUCAAAUCUGUUUUAGUU